AAUGGAGACACUCGCACAAUUCGAGAAGGACGUAAAUCAAACCGACAACGGGUUCCUAGCGAUAGCAACAAAGGUGGAAAACGACGGGGAGAAGACCUCGGAACCUCCAGGUAAAAUCAAGGAAUUACUGAAGGAGUUCCAAGACAUUCUUCCUGACGACCUACCGAACGAGCUACCGCCAUACCGAACGCAUCAACACGAGAUCGUGGAGGAACCGGGUUCGAAGCCGACCUUCCGAGCACCAUAUCGGCUCAGCCCCAUAGAGCUAGUCGACAUGAAAAACCAGAUCGAGUAUCUCCUCGCCAAGGGACUCAUCCGGCCAUCCAGUUCGCCAUACGGUGCCCCAGUGCUCUUCACACCGAAAUCGGACGGAAGGCUGUGCAUGUGCAUCGAUUACUGAGCUCUCAACAAGCAGACCAUCAAGAACAA